AAUGACUAUAUAUAUCUAUGAAUUUAUAUACGUAUCACUGUGAACCAACAGAAGCAAGAAGAGAACUCGACCAUCGGGGCUGGUCUCUGAUUCCGAGAUCAUACACACUAUUUUUAUUAUAUUUCCAAACCUUUUGCAUCGACCGGAGGAAGACCACCAAGCUUUUUCUAUUUUUCAUCGCCCUGUUGCUACCUCCUCGUCUCAUCUUUUUCUCAAUCGGGAGGAACAAAGAGGAGGAUAACAGGGUUUGUGAAGAUUCCUGCUGCCGUUCCGUGAGCCGAGCUGCACUGCGUGCUGCGUUUGAUCUGAGCAGGCAGCAGCAGCAGCAGUGAGAUAGAAAGAGACAGAGAGCGCUGCACCGCGUGAACUAGCCAGCAUGCACAAACAUCACCACUGCUGCAAGUGCCCAGAAUGCUAUGAAGUGACCCGCAUGGCCGCCCUGCGCAGGAUGGACGCCCCGGCAUAUGGAGACUGGCAGCCCGAACCCUACGGAUACCCGGCUGGCUAUGGAGGCGGCCAGACCUUACCGCCCCAAACCUCGGGCGGAGGAGGGGGAAUGGGUGGAGGGGGUACAUUGGGAAGAAGUAAAGGGAAAAUGAUGUCAGCUGGGGGUCCUGGAGGCCCCAACCCCAAGAGCCAAUCCAAGGGCGGCCCCAAGGUGAACGGUAACAACUCAGGAGGCCAAGGAGGAUGGUGGCCCGAGUGCACCUGUUCCAACCGGGACUGGUACGACCAGGCAAACCCUCCCCCCAUCAUUGUGAACGCAGACGAUGCAGGCCCUUAUGUGAAUGGGAGUGAUGGCAUGUAUAAAUAUGAAGAAAUCAUUUUGGAAAGGGGCAACUCUGGCCUCGGGUUCAGUAUUGCUGGAGGUGUGGAUAAUCCACACAUUCCUGACGAUCCAGGAAUCUUCAUCACCAAGAUUAUCCCAGGUGGUGCUGCCGCCAUGGAUGGGAGACUAGGGGUAAAUGACUGUGUUCUGCGGGUGAAUGAUGUGGACGUGUCAGAGGUUGUGCACAGCAACGCAGUAGAGGCUUUGAAAGAGGCCGGCCCAGUGGUCAGGUUGCUGGUACGCAGAAGACAGGCUCCUCCUGAGACCAUUUUGGAGGUCAACCUACUCAAAGGGCCUAAAGGUCUCGGCUUCAGUAUUGCUGGCGGUAUAGGCAACCAGCACAUCCCGGGCGACAAUAGUAUCUACAUCACAAAGAUCAUCGAAGGUGGGGCGGCACAGAAAGAUGGACGUCUGCAGACAGGCGAUCGCCUUCUGGCUGUGAAUAACAUUAUACUUCAGGAUGUGCGUCAUGAGGAGGCUGUGGCCGCCCUGAAGAACACUUCAGACAUGGUCUAUCUGAAAGUGGCCAAGCCGGGACCAGUACAUCUCAACGACAUGUACGCCCCACCAGACUACUCUAGCACCUUCCCCACCAUGGUGGACAACCACGUCGGACACAACUCCAGCAUGGCCUACAUGGGAGGUAUGGAGCCUAAACCAGUGUACCCGCCGCCCCAGGUCACCCCCUCGAGGUACUCCCCAGUCCCACGCCACAUGCUGGGGGAGGAGGACUUCACCAGGGAGCCGCGGAAGAUCCUGCUGCACAAGGGUUCCACAGGUUUGGGAUUCAACAUUGUGGGCGGUGAGGAUGGAGAGGGCAUCUUCGUGUCUUUCAUUUUGGCAGGUGGGCCAGCCGACCUGAGCGGAGAGCUGAGGAGAGGAGACCAUUUGGAAGGUAGACUUUUGAUCCUUGGAUACAAGGUUACGGAGCAGGUUAAAAAUCAUAAAGUCUUUGUUAUGGAUGAUCUAUAUUGGACUUACAAGGUGUUGCUGACGUAUUGUGUGCCUUGUCUCUUUCCAGAAUACAGUCGUUUUGAGUCCAAGAUCCACGACUUGAGGGAGCAGAUGAUGAACAGCAGCAUGAGCUCUGGCUCCGGCUCCCUCCGCACCAGUGAGAAACGCUCCCUCUACGUCAGGGCUCUUUUUGACUACGACAGGACAAGGGACAGUUGCCUCCCUAGCCAGGGCCUGAGUUUCUCCUAUGGGGACAUCCUGCAUGUCAUCAAUGCCUCCGAUGAUGAGUGGUGGCAGGCACGGCUGGUUACACCCCAUGGGGAGAGUGAGCAAAUUGGGGUCAUACCAAGCAAGAAAAGAGUGGAAAAGAAAGAGCGUGCACGGUUAAAAACAGUCAAGUUCCACGCAAGGACGGGCAUGAUUGAGUCCAACAGGCACACUGUUGAUGUAUGUAUUGUUUGGUUUGGUUUUCCCAGGGCUCUUUUUGACUACGACAGGACAAGGGACAGUUGCCUCCCUAGCCAGGGCCUGAGUUUCUCCUAUGGGGACAUCCUGCAUGUCAUCAAUGCCUCCGAUGAUGAGUGGUGGCAGGCACGGCUGGUUACACCCCAUGGGGAGAGUGAGCAAAUUGGGGUCAUACCAAGCAAGAAAAGAGUGGAAAAGAAAGAGCGUGCACGGUUAAAAACAGUCAAGUUCCACGCAAGGACGGGCAUGAUUGAGUCCAACAGGCCAGUCAAAGUGAAGCGCAAAAAAAGCUUCAACCUAUCACGCAAGUUCCCGUUUUACAAGAGCAAGGAGAAUAUAGUGCAGGAGUUGGUGGAGACUGAACAAUGCUUGACGUCCAACACCAGUGACAGUGAAAGCAGCUCUAAGGGUCAGGAAGACACAAUUCUCUCAUAUGAGCCAGUAAUUCGACAGGAGAUCCAUUACACAAGGCCUGUGAUUAUCCUGGGUCCAAUGAAGGACAGAGUAAACGAUGACUUGAUCUCAGAGUUUCCCCACAAGUUUGGAUCCUGCGUCCCACAUACAACUCGCCCUCGACGAGAGAAUGAGAUGGAUGGCCAGGACUACCACUUUGUGGCUUCAAGGGAGCAAAUGGAGAAGGACAUUCAGGACAACAAAUUUAUCGAGGCCGGACAGUUCAAUGAGAAUCUGUACGGGACCAGCAUCCUGUCUGUCCGGGCAGUGGCUGAAAGGGGAAAACACUGUAUCCUGGAUGUGUCUGGGAACGCCAUAAAGCGACUGCAGCAAGCACAGCUCUAUCCAAUCGCCAUUUUCAUCAAGCCAAAAUCUGUGGAGGCCCUAAUGGAAUUGAAUAAGAGGCAGACAUAUGAGCAAGCCAGUAAAGUCUUUGAUAAGGCAAUGAAGCUCGAACAAGAGUUUGGAGAGUAUUUCACAGCCAUAGUCCAGGGUGACUCACUAGAUGAGAUCUAUAAUAAAAUCAAGCUGAUCAUAGAGGAGCAGUCAGGCCCUUACAUCUGGAUCCCGUCCGCAGAGAAGCUCUGAGCUCGCCGCCUCCACGGAGCCCCCCCACCUGGCACCCCCCACUCCCACCCGACACCUUUCCUUCCCUUUCACUGAUAUGUUUCAUAUCAAGUUUUAGUCAUCAUUAUGUUACCCUCAAUUGAAAGACGUCUUAUCACCAUUACUGUGACUGUGCACACCCCUGCAUGAGUUUCUCAGCAAUUCCAUUCAAGAUUGGAAAUGCCAUUCCUAAAGAGAUUUUUUGUCAUGUAAAACAAAAAAGGGAAACCUGAGCGGAUCCUUUCGUGUGUCUCGGAUGGACUUGAAGAUGAGAAUGUCUCAACAAAGUGAGAAUGGGGAGGCGGGGAGUUGGAGAUGGUGGCACGAGCAGGAACCUUGUAUAUGUUCAUUUGAUUUCAUGGAAAAAGACGUUUGAGGAUGCUGUGCAAGGUUUUUUAUGAGGACUAGAUACAGUUCAAACCUGCUGAUGGUACCGUCACUGCUCAUGUUUCUAACGGAUAAACUUCAAAACAGAACUCACAAACCAGCUCGCUUUACUCGAUCGGUUGCCUGGCCAUUUGUAUGGCCGUUUCGGAGGCAGAACAAAAUGGAAAACGGGGUUUGAGUCUAUACAUUUCUAUUACUGAAAUCACAUGGAAAAUAAAAACCCUACGGAGAGAUUUUACUACAUAAUACAAAAUGAUACGGUACACAUUUUACACUUCACUAGAAUUGUCUACUCGGAGGGCUGUUAGAUUUCAUUUACUUUGUCUUUGUCUUUGGGUUUUUGUGUUCUUUCUUUCUUGUGGUUUUAGCUGCUCUGUAUUAAAGAUGGGGGUAGAGAGGUGUAACUGGGCUCUCUGCAGACCACCAAACUGCCUUACGAUGAAUAAACGCUUCUGUCAAAUUCCUGUCAAUCGUGGGGGGGAGGGGGAACGACACAAUAUUCAACCUAUCAGUGCUUAGAGGGAGACUCGAUUUUAGUGCUAUUUGUGAGUUUCCCGUCAUCCUAUUGGAGGCCUAACUUGUGAGUGCAAUAGACUUAAGUGUCUUACCUCUGUGAAAUCCUUUUUUGCAAAGCUUUUUUUGUCUUAAGCAAAAUCCAAUUUCGGCCGCCAUUGGAGUUGUUGAAAAGCAGACAGCCCACUUGCACUUCCUCUGCCUUCCAUGACUAUAUUCUCUUCAGACUGAACGGUAACAAGGUACUGUCCUGUUAGCUGCCCAGGAGCGCAGCCUUAAAACGGGUAGAAUCAAGACAAUAAUUGUAUUGGAUGUCCUUCUUGAUAUUAAAGCGUUAGUGGAGCCUGAAAUUGACCGUUUUCCCCAGAACUCGACGAUGGUUUGAUUAAAUCUGUUCUUUGUAAUGACAGCUUUUUAACAAUUUUUUCUUCUGCUCCUUCAUUUCCGGGCUGAUGUUUACUUCACUGUGUUGAGCCUUGUGCCGGGGCGAGCUUGGCGAGCUCAGGAAUCUGAUGGAUAAUUACUACAAAUCUUUUUUUUUUAUACACUACUAAAGGGCCGCGAUCAUAUUGUGAUGGAAUAGAGAGAGUAUGAACUCAAAUGGGAUGAUUUUCUUUCCUCUAACUGAACACCCAGACAUGCUGAUAUAUUAUACUUGUGUAUUCUAAAUAUUUAGUCCUUGUUUUUUUUUUUUUUUUAACACUUUGUAAGCACUAUGUCUGUGGUCACCCUUGGGUUCAGCCGGAGAGAACUGGAUCGCGACAGAACAGGAUACAGAAGUACAGUACUUCCUUUGAUCUUUCUUUCUGUAUCAAGAAGUCUGGAUCCCGCAGAAAGCGAGGGAAGUUCUUGGGCCCACUCUCUUCCCCCGCCCCACCCCGCAGGCAUUUUUCUAAACAGGUGCGCUUCACCUGCCAAGCGUCUCUGCGAAAUCAGCUGUCAUACCUGUGUCAAAACCAGAGUUCAGGGAAUAAUCGAACGGAACAGAGCCAUUUAUAAACUGCUUACAGACUGUUUUAAUGGGUAUGAUCGCUGUAAAGUGUAAAUAUCCCCCUCACUUGUGCUUCAUGCAUGUGUGAUACAACUGGGACAAACAUAUUUUAUAAAUCACAAAUGUCAGGUAAGUAAACUUUGAAUUUAUUCUGAGAUUAAUUUCCAUACAAAUGUGCCGUAACGUUGGUAUUUCUCUAUAGAAAAAAUAUCUUCAGCUGCCUAUCAGAACAUUUUUUUUAGUGAGUCGGGAACAGCUUCCCUACAAUACGGCCUGUCUACUUGUGAUAUCUUGUGGAACUUGUCUGAGUGUAUAGAUGAAAAACAAAUGUAAAAAUAUAUAUAAAUAUAAAUA